UUCCUUCACACAAACACACACACACUUUGCCUCUUCUUCCUCCUCCGCGUGUCCUCCUCUCCUCACUCCUCUCCACCUAUCUUCCUCCUCGUCCACUCUCCCGCUUCCUCCUCCAACACACACACUAAUCGGAUCUCCACUUCUUAAUUUUCACUCUCUUCUGAACUAGUAUGGAUCCGUUAGGGUUUCGAAUUUGAAAUCCAAUUUUAUUCGAUUUUUUUUUUUUGUUGAGAUUCGUUAAUUCGAUUUCGAUUCGAAUUGAAAAUCGAUUGUGUUAUUCCGUUAAUUCGAUGACGAUGGAAGAGGAGCCAGACAUCAAAAAGUGCAGACUAACCACCAUAACCGUAGAUGACGUCAUCGCGCAAGUCAUGCCGUACAUAACCGACCCGAAAGACCGAGACUCGGCCUCCCUCGUGUGCCGCAGAUGGUACGAGAUCGACUCGGAGACUCGGGAGCACGUGACGAUGGCGCUGUGCUACACCUCGACUCCGGAUCGGCUCAGCCGGAGGUUCCCGAAUCUGAGGUCGCUGAAGCUCAAAGGGAAGCCGAGAGCUGCGAUGUUCAAUCUCAUCCCCGAGAACUGGGGAGGGUUUGUGACCCCCUGGGUCGAGGAGAUCGCUGUUUCGCUGAGGAGGCUUAGAUCUGUGCAUUUUAGGAGGAUGAUUGUGAGUGAUUUGGAUUUGGAUGUUUUGGCUAAGGCCAGAGGGGAUGAGCUUGAGGCUUUGAAGCUUGAUAAGUGCUCGGGGUUUUCUACUGAUGGGAUUUUCAGUAUUGUUAAGCAUUGCAGGAAAAUAAAAACAUUGCUAAUGGAAGAAAGUUCCUUCGUUGAAAAGGAUUGUAAAUGGCUUCAAGAGCUUGCUCUACACAACACAUCUCUUGAGGUUCUAAAUUUCUACAUGACUGAGUUUACAAAAAUCAAUGCCAAAGACUUGGAAAGCAUAGCUAGAAAUUGCCGCUCUUUGAUGUCUGUGAAGAUGGGUGACUUUGAGAUGUUGGAACUAGUCGGCUUCUUCAAAGCUGCAACUAAUCUUGAAGAAUUUUGUGGUGGCUCCAUAAAUGAAGAGAUCGGAAGACCGGAGAAGUAUAUGAAUCUGACAUUCCCUAGGAAACUAUGUUGUCUGGGUCUCUCUUACAUGGGACCUAAUGAAAUGCCAAUACUGUUUCCAUUCGCUGCCCAAAUCCGGAAGCUGGAUCUUAUCUAUGCAUUGCUCGCAACUGAGGACCAUUGUACACUAAUUCAAAAGUGUCCUAAUUUGGAAGUUCUCGAGACAAGGAAUGUAAUCGGAGAUAGGGGUCUAGAGGUUCUGGGACAGUGCUGUAAGAAGUUGAAGCGGCUGAGGAUUGAACGGGGUGAAGAUGAACUAGGAAUGGAGGAUGAAGAAGGCUUAGUCUCCCAAAGAGGAUUAGUCGCUUUGGCUCAGGGCUGCCAGGAGCUAGAGUACAUGGCGGUGUAUGUCUCAGAUAUAACCAACGAGUCUCUGGAAAGCAUAGGCACAUAUCUGAAAAACCUCUGUGACUUCCGCCUCGUCUUACUCGACCAAGAAGAGAGAAUAACAGACCUGCCACUGGACAACGGAGUCAGAUCCCUUUUGAUCGGAUGCAAGAAACUCAGGCGGUUUGCAUUCUAUCUCAGACAAGGCGGCUUAACCGACGUGGGGUUAAGCUACAUCGGACGGUACAGUCCAAACGUGAGGUGGAUGCUUCUCGGUUACGUUGGUGAAUCAGACGAAGGCCUAAUGGAGUUCUCAAGAGGUUGUCCGAAACUACAGAAGCUGGAGAUGAGAGGUUGUUGCUUCAGCGAGAGAGCAAUCGCUGCAGCUGUACUGAAACUCCCUUCCCUUAGAUACCUGUGGGUGCAAGGCUACAGAGCAUCGAGGACGGGACAAGACCUGAGACUAAUGUCUCGACCGUACUGGAACAUAGAGCUGAUUCCGGCAAGAAAAGUCCCGGAAGUGAAUCAGCUUGGAGAGGUAAGAGAGAUGGAGCAUCCGGCUCAUAUACUAGCUUACUACUCUCUUGCUGGCGAGAGAACAGAUUGUCCACCAACUGUUAGAGUCCUGAGGGAGGAAGCAUGA